AUGGCCAGGCAAAGGCCCUCCUCCAAGCGUCAGGACCCUCUCGAGGAUUAUCCCACUUCCCCAGGCACUUCCACAGCCUCUUCUUCCCUGAGAAUCACUCGCUCAGCCGCGAGACUCGCGACAGACCCUCCUCCUCCUGCUGAGGCUGGUACCCAACCCGCCGCUGGCUCGGCUUCAUCUCGCAAACGCAAGGCUUCCUCUCGCCCCGAUCGACAGACCGACAGUCCGGCCCAGCCAUCGCCUCCCUCACCUCAACGGAAGUCCAAGCGACCACGUACCGCUGCCCCACCGACAGCGUCAUCUGCUGGCUCCGUUGCUGCUCCCCGCCGCACUCGUCGUGCAACCAUGUCACAACCCGGCCCGUCGUCUCGACCAGAGGAAUCUAAGUCGGCCACUUCUCCACAACCCGCCCGAAGAAAGACGAGUCGGAACGAUCGACCCGGUACUACACAGUCUCCGCCACCCCGGCGUCAGAAGAAGCGUGCGACGAAGACAAACCCUGAUGUCAUAAUGCGAGAUGCGGAGGAGGGUCUGGAGGAGGAAGAUCCCGAAGAAGAGCAACAUGAAGAUUCCCCAACAGAAGAAAGUCAUGAUGGCACCAACCCAUCCGCCUUUGACGAUGACGAUAUGGACCCCUUCGCCAACAGCUUAUUUGGUGGACGGGGUCCGAUGGGCCUUCAGAGCACCCUCCGUGCCCUUACCGGUAUGAUGUCUGGCAUGUCUUCCCGGCUUCGAGAUAUUCUAGUAAACCUACGGGCAAAAGACGAUCCAUCCAUUCAACUUAUCGCCCUCCAGGAGCUUUCGGAUCUCCUGCUAGUGUCAAAUGAGGACAAUCUUACCGGCCAAUUCUCUCCCGACCCAUAUGUCAAGGAACUUGUGACCUUGAUGCAGCCGAAUCAGUUCGGCGAGGAGAAUCCCGAGAUCAUGCUUCUUGCAUGUCGCUCCCUCGCUAACCUCAUGGAGGCCUUGCGUGGCUCUGUGGCCAACGUUGUUUAUGGUGGUGCCGUGCCGAUCCUGUGCCAGAAGCUCCUUGAUAUCCAGUUUAUUGAUUUGGCCGAACAGGCUUUGAGUACCUUGGCUAAGAUCUCAGUCGAUUUCCCCGCCUCAAUUGUGCGGGAAGGUGGGCUGACAGCUUGCUUGACCUAUCUUGACUUUUUCCCUACCAGCACUCAACGUACAGCAGUGACAACAGCCGCAAACUGCUGCCGCAAUCUCCCCCACGACUCCUUCCCCGUUGUCCGCGACGUCAUGCCCACCUUGCUGAAUGUCCUUUCCAGCAAUGAUCCCAAAGUUGUUGAGCAGGGCUGUCUCUGUGUGUCACGGAUAGUGGAAAGCUUCAAGCACCGCCCGGAGAACUUGGAGGAACUGAUUGAACCUGCCAUGCUCAAGGCUGUCCUUCGGCUGCUGCUCCCAGGAACUACUAACCUCAUCGGCCCUCAUAUCCACACACAGUUCCUGCGUGUUCUGGCCAUCACGUCAAAGACUAGCCCUCGACUGUCGAAUGAACUUUUUAAAAUGGACGUGGUUGAUACUCUGUAUCAGAUCUUGACAGGCGUCUCUCCGCCACAGGAUGUUGACAAUAACGCUGUCAAGAUGGAUAGCGUGUUGGUCAUGCAAGCAUUGAUUCACCGGCCACGUGAGCAGGUCUUCGAGACUCUCAAUGUUAUCUGUGAACUGCUACCCGGUGUUCCCAGUCGCGAUGCAUCACGGACAGAUGCCCUUCUCAGUUCAUACUUUGAUAGUAGCAUGUCCAUCAACCUGAAAUCUUCCAAAACUAAAGAUACAGUGGAAGAGAGACGAUCCUUGCUUGACAACUGCAAGCCUCAACUUAAGCGAUUUGCCAUGAUUCUGUUCCCCACCUUGACCGAUGCCUACUCUAGCACAGUCAAUUUGCAUGUCCGACAGAAGGUUCUCAUUGCACAGCUGAAGAUGUUGCACAUUCUCGAGCCAUCUUUGAUUGAAGAUGCUCUCAGAACCGUUCCAUAUGCUUCCUUCCUAGCUUCUAUUCUUUCCCAGAAGGACCACCCCUCCCUCGUGUCCUUGGCCCUUCGUUGCUCCGAGCUUCUGUUUCAACGCCUUGAACAUGUUUACCAACAUCAAUUCCACCGAGAGGGAGUCAUCUCAGAGAUCGUCAAAUUGUCAGAGGGCAUUCUCUCUGGCAAUGAGCUUCCUACCACGUCCGAACCCGUCGAUACCGAGAUCAACACAAACCCCUCGCAUCCCCACCGGGCGGAGAACCCAACCCACCAAACCCAGCAAAAUCAGGACGAGGAUCAAGAUGAGGAUGAAGUCGACGAUUUUGAUGACGAUGAGGGCGAUGGCGAAGAUGAAGAUGGCGAAGACAUGUCUGAUUCUGAUGAAGACGUGGCCCCCGGUCCCCGAAGUAUUGAGAAAAUGGAUAGCACCAUCAACGACCUUAUUAUUCGAGAUGCCCAACAGUUCCUGGAAAGCUACGAAGCAAUUCACGGCGGAACAGUCCGAGCAGAGUCCCUUCGAAUCUUGAAGGAACUUCAAUCUCUAGCCGCCGAGGUACGCGCAUGCUAUGCCGAUGGCAAUGGCGAUGGUCAUGCUUUGUUCAAGAAGCUUGCAUCGUACUUUGAUGGGGACGCUUUGGAGAGUAUCACCAGCUCCGAACUGCUCAACUCCGGUAUUGUAGAUGUUCUCCUGGAAGUUCUGGGCAAUUACCAGGCUCCGUCCAUACGCCGCUCUCGAGCUGCCUUUUUGCAGGCUUUUAUGGGUGUUUCAAUCUCGGAAAAGGCUCAGAAACAGAGUACCGCAACCACUCUUUUCAGCGUUUUGAUUCGAAAGUUACAAGACUUGCUCAGUAGGACCGAGCAUUUCGAAGUUCUAACUGUCAGUCAUAACUCCCUGGAAAAUACUCGCAGCAAUGCCAACUACAUGUUGAGCAAACAGCUGCGACUCAAACUGGUUGCCGAUGAUGCCUCUGAGAUUCCCCGCCCAUAUCGAAACCUCAUGGUGUCUAUCCAUGCAAUCGCAACUUUCAAGGCACUGGAUGACUUCCUUCACCCUCGAAUCAGCGUUUCUGAGCGUCCUCGGCCAUCGCGUCCUAGGGACUCUAUCCUUUCUCAGAUUGCUAACGCAGCUCGCAUGCGUGACCAGCUCCCUGGCUCUAUCGCUUCGCGACAGCCAUCGGGCACUAUCCCUCCCAAUCGCGAAGGAGGUCCCCGUGCUGAUGCCGCUGAAGAGGGCGAAACUCCUGCAGAUGUUCGUCGCCGGUCCCGUCGUGCGGCUCUUCAAGGGGAAGAGGAAGAUCACGACGACGAGCCGCUUGAAUGUGCGGACGAGAGACAAUUAACUGACGAAGAAGAUGAAGAAGAUGAAGAUGAAGACGAGGAACUCAACGCUAUCGUUGAUGACCUUGAUGAGGAUCUUGAGGACGACGGUGUCUCUGACCCCUCUGCAGUCAACAUGGAAGUGGCUUCUUCGGGCAAGGUCACUGCUCGCAAGGAGGACGGUACCCGUGUAGGCACUCCAUCUCACGGUGCAGCCUCUAGAUCUUCAGCUCCAAACGUCGGUUCCUCCAAGCUCACAGGCAACUCAUCACUGGCUACUGCCGGUCGUCCCUUCUCAUCCUAUGCCGCCGCUAUGGCUUCCGUUCCCCAGGAUUGGCACAUUGAAUUCCUUGUAGAUGGCCAGCCCGUUUCGAGCGAGACAACCGUAUAUCGUGCUGUUCAUCACAACCGCGAGCAUUUGGAUGAGAACAGUGCUAAGAAUGUAUGGUCUGCUGUUCACACAGUUACCUUCAGACGCGUUCCUGGUCCCCCACCUCCUGAACCAUCGACUCUUCCCCAGCUAAACCAGGGUUCAUCUAAUGGCGACAGCCUCGAUAUGCCAGCAUCUCUCGACAAGGAUAAGACCACAGCCUCCAUUUUACGUCUGCUUCGCGUUUUGCACGAAAUGAAUGCGACCAUUGACGACAUUCUCACAGACAAUAAGGACUCUGUUGCUAUUACUCCAGAACCCCUGGCCCAGUUCAUCAAUACAAAGCUCACAGCCAAGAUCAACAGACAGCUGGAGGAGCCAUUGAUUGUGGCAAGCAGCUGCCUUCCAAGCUGGAGCGAAGAUUUAGCUAGGCUUUUCUCAUUCCUGUUCCCAUUCGAAACUAGGCAUUUGUUCUUGCAGUCAACCGCCUUCGGUUACUCGCGGGCCAUGAUGAGAUGGCAGAAUUCCCAGAGCGAAGAUAGUCGUCGCGAUCUGCGCCGCGAUGAUCGCCCAUUCCUUGGUCGAUUACAACGCCAAAAGGUCCGCAUCUCCCGCGCCCGCAUCCUUGAUUCUGCUAUGAAAGUCAUGGAGUUGUAUGGCUCUUCCCCUAGCAUUCUCGAGGUUGAAUACUUCGAGGAAGUAGGCACUGGCCUGGGUCCUACCCUUGAGUUCUACUCUACUGUUUCCAAGGAGUUCUCUAAGAAGAAGUUGAAGAUCUGGAGAGAGACUGAAGGUGUCUCUUCUGGAGCGGAAUACGCAUUUGGCAAGCGUGGAUUGUUCCCUGCUCCCAUGAGUGAUCAACAGGCCGCCCAAGACUCCGGCAAGAAGUUGCUGAACAUUUUCAAAGUUCUUGGAAAGUUCGUUGCUCGCUCCAUGCUCGACUCCAGGAUCAUCGACAUCUCUUUCAAUCCCGCAUUCUUCCGCAUCGCCGACACCCUAUCUUCUGUUGCUCCAUCAUUGGGUACUGUGAAGUUGGUUGACCAGGACCUUGCCAAGUCUUUGAUCAUGCUCCAGCAGUUUGUGAAUGCCAAGGAUGCAAUUGAGAAAGAUGACACCCUAAGCCCCGGCUACAAGACAGAGGCUGUGCAAGAGAUCACAGUACAUGGUGUCAAGGUUGAUGAUCUGAGCUUGGACUUUACCCUUCCUGGAUAUCCAGCCAUUGAACUCAUUCCUGGUGGUUCUGAUGUUCCCCUGACCAUUGAAAACGUUGCCAUCUAUAUUGAGCGUGUCAUUGAUAUGACUCUUGGAAGCGGUGUCCGCCAUCAAGUCGACGCCUUCCGCACUGGCUUUUCUCAGGUCUUCCCCUUUUCUUCUCUUCGAGCUUUCACUCCUAACGAGCUUGUCAUGCUCUUCGGACAGGCAAAGGAAGACUGGACCAUUGAAACUUUGAUGGACACCGUCAAGGCUGAUCAUGGCUUCAAUAUGGACAGCCGCAGUGUGCGUAACCUGCUGCAGACAAUGAGCGAACUAGACAACCAGCAACGCCGAGACUUCCUCCAAUUUGUCACGGGCAGCCCUAAGCUCCCUAUCGGCGGUUUCAAGAGUCUCACCCCCAUUUUCACUGUCGUGUGCCGUCCAAGCGAACACCCCUAUACCCCAGAUGACUACCUCCCUAGCGUGAUGACCUGUGUCAAUUACCUCAAACUCCCCGACUAUAGUGACCUGGAUGUUCUGAAGAAGCGGUUAUCGGUUGCCAUCAAGGAAGGCCAAGGUGCCUUCCACCUCUCCUAA